AUGACGACGGAGCAGGUGCUGGCAUACUGGAAGCUGGCGGACACGAAGACGGAGUUGCUGGUGCGCAGAUUGCGGUGGUAUCAGAGUUGGGCAUCCAGGCCGUGGCAUCAUGCACAGUUGCUUUCCACACUUUUUGCGGAUCUUCCUGGCAUCAACGCCGAGGCCCCGUGCACGGAGGAGGGGCUUUCGCAGUCUGCCUCGCCGUGGGCGACCCGAGUUGGCGCAGAUAUUUCCAUGGCGGUCAACUUCAUGGAGGACGACGCGGAUGUGCUGGAGGAGCUGGGCAGGGCGCCGUGGAAGCUGGAGGCAGACCGAGACUUGGCCAAGCAGUUUCUGAAGCUGGACUUCUCACGGGUGCGAGCAAUCAAGCAUGCAGUUUCCGUUCCUCCCCCUGCACCCCCUGCGGGAGUUCAACAGGCUGAACGAGAUGACGACAACAACGGGAGCGACCAGGAGGAGGAUGACGCCUUGAAUAACAUUUUCGUGUGCGGGUCACAUUGCACCAACCUGGACAGCAACGACAUGGCCGACGUCGCGAUGCCGAACUGGCUGAAGAGAGGUGCGGACACGACGGGACCCCAUGGAUCGGAGGCGGUGUCGCCACCCAAGGAGAAGAAGCCGAAGGGCAAGGCCGAGGGAGGGAAUCCUGGAGGAGGGGGUGGCAAAGGCGGCGCUGCAGGCAUCGCGGACUUGUGCAAGGCGACUGCGAAGCUCUCCAUGGCCACGGCGCGGCAGGUGGCGGCGCUCGAGGCAUGCGUCUACGACAACGUGGCGAUCAGAGAGGCCGAGGGCAUGCUGGGCGAUGUGCUGGUGAGCGGAGGCCAGGAAUACGACGCGGAAAGCAAGGCGAUGAAGGCCAGGCAGGCCACGGGAGAGACGGUGGACUUCAAGGCGCGGGGCAGCCCGCACAUCCGCCUCUUCUGCAAAGCGCUCUACUGGGUGAUCGAGCGGACGGGGCCACAGGGAGCGGGCACGAGCGCCACGGUGCACAAACUCCUGAUGCAGUACUGGACGGAGCAGGUGAUGCACAAGCCCCCCAAGAUUCUGGAGCAAGCGAACGUCGGCUGGAUCUGCGACAAGUGCAUGCUGUACAACGGCCCAGACUGGAGCGGCCCGGUGCUGGAGUGCAAAGGAGGAUCCUGCGCCGGCUUUAAGAAGCUCGACAAGGACGGGGGCAAGGGCAAGGGCAAGGGCAGGGGCAAGGGCAAGGGCAAGGACGAGAUGGACGAGUGCCGCGGCCUCUGCCGGCUGGUGAAGGGCAAUCUCUUCAGCUUCUCCAUGCCCUGGGACGACAUCGAGAGAUGUUGUCGCGAAGCUUCUCAGCGCGCCGAGGAGAUCCACGGGGGCCGGCUGAAGUUGCUGCAGGAUGCUCUCGGAGUGCCACAUUCGGAGGAAACGUUGGCGAUGCUGGUGAACGUGCGCAUCAAAGGGGGCAGCAAAGACCUGGCGCAGCACCUGAAAAGGCUGACGUUGCGCAUCCCCGUAAUGCGCAAAUUGAUGGAGCUCAUGCGCGACAGCGGCUAUCCAGGGUAUGGCAACAACGGCUUGAACUCAUUCGACAGAGUGGCAACCCGCCUCCACGAAAGAUAUUCCCAGAAAUACGCAGAGACAUACGGGGAGGCGAAGUUCAUCCCGCAGGCAGUGCAGGAUGCGGUGCAACAGGUGGCCGAACGCAGCGCCCUGGUGGGCGCGCUUGCUCGCGUGCUGAGCCACCUGUGCCUGGCGGGGGUGGGCAGGCCGCGGGCGAGCGUAGGCUUCGACGCCAAGAGGGCCCCCUCGAUCCCUAUCCGGGCCUACCUGCAGCGGGUGUCGGACCACUUCGAGUGCAGCAGCGCGUGCCUGAUCGCAAGCCUCGUGUACAUGGACCGGGCUGCCAAGCUGCACAGCUCUCAAUUGGUCAGCGCCCGCAGCGUGCACCGUAUGCUGCUCGCCAGCAUGGUCCUGGCCGCCAAAUACUGCGACGACGCUCAUUACAAAAAUGUGCACUAUGCGACCAUCGGUGGCAUCGGCUUGCAGGAGCUGAACGAUCUCGAGGAGCGCUUUCUCCGCCUCAUCAACUGGCGGCUGCACAUCAUGGAGGAUGAGUACGACUUGUAUAAAAACCACGUGCUCCUCGCAGCAAAGUGCAACCCGUAG